CGCCUGCCUGCCAGUCUCGGUCGGGAAGCAGCGAGUGCACACGACCGCAUCUGCGUGGAGCUCCGCGACGUCCAGCGUGAACCGACAACCUUCACUCCAGUAGAACAUUCCGGAUCGUUCCUAUUUCUUUCCCUCCUCCUACCGCGAGGAACUUCAGGCGCUCAGUCCAAGGGGAGGGGGACGCCGAAGUGUUUGGAAACUUAACCCCUUAGCCUGGCCGGCCAUCGAUCCAUAGACUUGGAUGGAGCUGCAGCAGAUCGCUUGACGCUCAACUCGCAAGAGAAGACUCGUUCCGUCAAAUUAAUGCUCGGCCACCGCCUCGAUCUCUAGUUUUCUCGUUGGCUUUGGAGGUAGCAGUCCAAUUCAGACCAGGGGACCCUCACUCUGCUUGCGUGUGUGGUUAUUUCUGCCCCCCUCCUUCUCAAGUGGGAUUUGCGCAAGUUGCAUGCCCGCUCUUUGUGCGCGGUUCUAACAGAGAAGACCCCUCGGGAGAACUGAGGUGCCAUGGCGCAGCUGUGUGCGGGAAUUUGCGUGCUCCUCCUGGCGCUGCACGUCCAAGGAAAUGAUGCAUCCCAAAGUACGGGCCCCGGUAGAGGUGCUCGCAGCCAGAUGGUUCAGAUGGACUCAAGCAAGUCCGGCUUUGUCGGCUCCCAGGUGGAGCUGCGCUGCAUUUUCAUCAACAGCAACCCGCCGGUGAAGAUCUCGCAGGUGACCUGGCAGAAGCUUCUCAACGGCACCAAGCAAAAUGUGGCCAUUGCCAACCCAGCACUGGGCGUCUCAGUGCUGCCGCCUUUCAAGGAGCGUGUCAGCUUCAAGCAGGCUGCCGUGCGCCACCGCACUCCAUCGCUGGAAGACACCACUAUCGUCUUCUCCAAUCUGCAGCUGUACGAUGAAGCGGCGUACAUCUGCGAGUACACAACCUUCCCGGCAGGCAACCGCGAGAACAUGGUCAACCUCACCGUUUUCGCUCGCCCAAUGACUCGCAUGACCCUGACCACACCCACCAUCGUGGCCCGAUCCCAGCGCCGCAAGAUGACGGUGGCCACGUGUGUGUCGGCCAACGGCAAGCCGCCCAGUAUCAUUAGGUGGGACACCAGGCUGAAGGGAGAAGCCACCUUCCAGGAGACGCGCAACCAGAAUGGCACGGUGACCGUGCGCAGCAACUAUGUCAUCGUGCCCGGCCGAGAGACACACAAGCAGAAGCUGACCUGCAUCGUCACUUACCGCAAUGAGAGGUUCACCGACAGUGUGGUGCUCAAUGUACAGUAUGAACCCGAGGUGAAGAUCGAAGGCUUCGACGCUAACUGGUACCUGAACCGCCAAAACGUGCAGUUGACCUGCCGGGCUGAUGCCAACCCACCUGUCACCAUCUACCAGUGGAAACUCUUGAACGGCUCACUCCCGAGCAACGUCGAGAUCAAGAACAACAGCCUGUUCUUCAAGGGCCCCGUCACCUACGACCUAGCUGGCACAUACGUGUGCGACGCCACCAACGGCAUCGGCACGCGCACCGGCAUUGUUGACGUCAACAUAACUGAGAAACCGAUGGCGCGGGGCCCUCCGGGCGGCGUUAUCGGAAUCCUCGGAGGCAUCGUGGCCAUCGGCCUCAUCAUCGGCGUGGCCGUCACCGUGGUCAUGGUUCACCGGCGCCAGCAGAAGACCCGUACGGAGACAGAUAAUGACCUCAUCGCCGUCGCCGCUGUCACUGACAGUUGCGUGACACAGGCUGCAGAGAAGCCAGAGUCCGCCACAAGGACCGACCUCCCGCCAGCUCACAAGCCCGCCCCGCCACCACCCAAGAAGAAGAACAGCGAUAUGAAGGGACACUUGACAUCUGAUGAUAUCCAGGUAGUGCAUCUGGAUAAAGACGAGGAGAUACAAAAACUUCCUCUCCAACCGCCGUAUUACGACAUGGCCCCCUCCGAGUCGACCCCCUUCACCGAUAAACUGGACUCUGGAAACCAUCCGGAAGAGCCGUUGAACCCGACCGAAUACAUGAGCCACCAGCGUGACUUGGAGCACCUACCCGAGUGUCAGCCCACCGCAAACCCAACCCACCCACCUGUCACCUUCCUGCCUCAGCACGCCUACGCCCAGCCGCCCUCCAACGAGCCCAUGUACUCCAACACCGGCUUCUCCGCCCCCGCCCCCCCACGAGCGACCUUCCCUAAAGAGCAAUCCGUGUGACUCCCCCGACCAUACUCGAUCACACCGCCGACCCCCCUCCAGUCCUGCUUAUUUCCAGCUUGCGUCGUUUUCUACUGUGUGAAAGAUAAGUUGACCGACUCUCGCGCUAGAUCGUUGUCACCGUUUCGUAGCCGAUAUUACUCGCUUGAUUACCUGUGAAGUGAAUGUUGGCUACACCGCAAAACUCUGCUUGAAAUAACAGAAAGGUCUGACUGCGGCCACGUCACUGCCACGUGGUCUAUAGCUAACCCUAUUUACAACCCUAACCUUAACCACGCCCUCGUUCCCCUGGCACGUGGUCUAUAGCAAACCCUAUUCGUAACCCUAACCUCAACCACGCACCCGUCAACGAGGUGUCUACCGGAAGCUAGCGAAAGCUUGUUGGACAAUGAUUUUCGAGCACAAGAAUAAAUUUGGGAGAUGUUUAGGAAUACAUUUAUGAAACGGAGUUAAAAUUUAAAAAAAAAAAUCUUAGAAACCAAUUCCAAUCUGCUAGAAAUGACAUGCUCGGGCUCUAUUUCCGACCACGUGAUCAGAUCGAGGACAUCCCUAGUUAAGCUCUCAUGGGGCUUCAAGCAAGAAAUUCCUGGGGACCCCAACCCACCUGUGUGCGUCACAAAAUGUGGUUUUCGCACAGAUUAAUGCACAUUAAAUAUGAAAACAAUUAGGCCACAUCAAAAGGAAAAAGUUGAAAAAGGAAUAAGUUACAGAAAAUAAUAUAUUAAUAAAUACUGUAGCACUUGCAAAAAAUGGCAGCGGAAUGUUGCUUCAGUAAAUCAGCACAAGAGUCUAGCUCACUUUUCGCUCUUAAUUUUUCUCCGGAUCCACCCAGGUCAUGCUAAAUUGAUUAAAAGUAUUGAAUAGUAUUAAUAAAUAAUGUCAAAUAAAUUAAUAAACUAAACUUCCACACGUAAAAUUACACACUUAAGCCCCAUAAGGGGGAUUUGCUACUGAGGUGUCAUUUUGAAUGGCCAAUUCUUGCCGUUUUUAUGGAGUACAUUUUGGGAGCCCCUUUUUUCGCCGGGCCCAAGCAACCGCAUGGCUUGCCUGUAUGCUAGCCCCGCCUCUGCGCAUUAACAUUGCUCUGUUGUGUUGUGUUUUAGGAGCGUGAUUGUUAGCCCUUUGUUGCGACGUGUGCACCCGUCUUGCAAGCCGCAGACAGAUACACUUGUAAAAUACGCAACACAUGAAUUCAUUGAAUUGAAAUGAGCUGUCACUACAUCAGUUGAAUUACACUUGGUAAAAUUUCUAAAAUAUAUUUAACUUGGCAAAACUAAAAAUUAAAAAAAAAAAAAAAACACCAGUGUCUUAAAAGUAGUUACUAAAGUACUAGUUAGUAAAUGUAUGUGCUUUAUUACAUUUAAAUUCAGUAUUGUGCAGAAAAAUAAUCUCAAGGAUUGGUUUAUUUAGUUCAUGAACAUCUCAUAGUCAAAUGUUAUUUUCAUGUUUGGACAUUUUUUUUUUUGUUUUAACUCUGGUGAUAAGGGUCUGAAAAAGUCCCUCUACUAAUAUAAUAACUUUAUUAACUUAUUGGCUGCCAUUAAAGGCGAUUCAAGAUGCCAUAGACGUCCAAUCAUGUGGCUGUUUUCAUUCUUUUGCUGUGAAUUUGAGUGAGCUCAUCACUAGUAGACAUCCAAUCCACUUCAUAUUAUUUGGAUAUCUAGCACCGUCAAUGGCAGCAAAUGAGUUAAGAAGAACUAGUAUACCGUGAAAGAGCUACUCAGGUACUGAAUAACUUUGGAUUAAAUUCAUUUCAAAUCCAAGCAUGAACGUCAGUGGGACAAACAUAUCAAACGGGAAUAGAAUUUCAUGUCAAUUUGCAAAUUCGCACACGUUCUUACAUUGCUGAACAAUAUCACUUCAAUUGUAACUUGGGCUGCAGCUAUUGAUUUUUUUAGGUAAUCGAUUAAUCUAUCAAUUAGUUUGAAUAAUUGAGUAAUCGGAUUAUGAACAUUUAAUGCGUUGUAGAAUAAAUUUUAGCGUAUGUAAAACAAGGAAGUGUUUAUGCUUGCAAUAAUAUUUGUUUGGGCUUGCUAAGUUUACACUUUCAAAAGAGCAUUAAAUGCAAAUAAAAAAUUCCUCAGUGUUUCUUCAAACUUGAUGGAUUUGCACUUCCAUUUCAAAAGAGCAAUAUUUGUAGUUAAAAUUAAAUUCAUCAACAACAUUCCUCAAAUGAUAUCAAAUAAAAUUAAAAAAAAAAAUAUAUAUAUAUAUAUAUAUAUUAGUAUAUACACUACCGUUAAAAUUUUGGGGUCUAAGCGACCCCAAACUUUUGAACCGUAGUGUAUCGUAUGGGAUUUUUCAUUAUGUACACUACGGUUCAAAAACACCAAGUGGCUUGAAGUUUCGCUCUGAGCCCCCCAAUUUGGUCAAAUUUCAAAAUUGUCCUAUAUGCAUGUAUAAUACAUCAUUGGAAAUCUUAAAAGCUCUGUUUUCUGGUGGAAGAGAAAAUGUGAGCAGGAGGGCAUUUUAAAAGAAAAAAUAAACCCUAAACCUUAACUCAAGGUGAGAGCAUGAGAGAGCGUAAUUCAAGACACCAUGAUUUUAACGAGAUAUUAUCGAGUACUUACCUUAUUUCGAUCCAAAAACUCCGUGUAAAAACUCCGUGUAGCAUGUAUCACUAAGUGUCAAGACACAGCUGUGAAUGGCCACAGCCGGACUUUUUGGAGAUUUUAUGGGUGAAACACGGUAAUAUUACAAGGGUCACAAUGCAGAAAUCGCAGACAUCAAGGAGUGGUCAAGAUUUUCUUAUUCAAAUAUUUACCCUCUUAAACUUUUUUUUUUUUUUUUUUUUUUUUUUUUUUUUUUUAAAUUUUCUUUGUUUGAAUCGGUUAUUUAGCAUCUAAAAUAUCAGGGAAAAUAUGACAGUAACAAUAAAUAAAUAAAACUAAGGGAUAGUUUUGAGGUAGAUAUCUUUGACCUAUUCACAGACACUAUUUUUUUCCCAUUGUGACGUAAUUUGUUUAAAAGUUUAAAAUAUGCGCGGGAAUAAUUUUUCAAAUUGUUUUUUUUUUUUUUUUUUUAACUAAAAAUUAGACAUCAAUAAAUUAUUCAAAGCUAAAUUGAUAGACAUUUCGAAUAAUAAAUGUAAAACUUACCUACUUUUUUAUGGCUGGGAACUAAAGUGGUUGCACGGUGUCUGUAAACGGGGGUCUCCAGGGUAAAACAGACAAAUUAAAAAUAAUUCAGGGGCUUAAUGCGCCAUGAAACUGUUAUGGCAUUAUAUAGCACACAUUCUUCUAUCAAACAUAACAGUUCUUUUGGCUUAAAAUACAGCAGUUUAUUUUAGAGGGGUGCAAAAGAAAAAACUGCUUUUUGAGCCUUGUCUGUGUUUUCCGCUAUAUAUAAAUGAGGAUCUAAGCACAACAAAAGAACAAUUGGCUAACUUGCAUAGCAAAAGUCCGCUAGCUUAAAUCUUAUAAAAUAUGAAGUUUUUUUGUUGUUUUUUUACAAUGCCCUUAACAAAUCGUUCGAACACAUAUUCCCACAACAAAACUGCAAAACUAAAUAACCAAUGAAUAAACGAACAUGUUAGCUCAAACAAAAACAUACCUUAUGUUGGUCUUAACAGGGAGCAGCUGAAUUCAGCCAUGUUAGACGAGCUAUGGCGUCUUCACUGUUACCACUAGAUAGCAGCAUAUCCACGCAAAUCAAUAAAACUAAAUGCAAACACUUUCAAAACAACUUUCAAAAUUUGAUUCGAAGAUUUUUUCUAAUCGAAUUACUCGAGUAAAUCGAUUAAUCGUUGCAGCACUGGUUGUAGCAAUCAUUCAAUAUUUCUAAAAUAACAGCAACCAUUGUAAAUUCAGCCACAAAAAAUAUCUUAACUGAAGACUAUCACUCAAAAACACCACACAAACAAGAAAUAUUUGGCAGAUUUAAAAAAAAAAAAAGUGUAGUGCAGUGUAGCCCCGCCCAUCCAGCUGUUUUCAGCAUGUUAUUGUCUUGUACCAACAAGUCUUAUAUCUUGACACUUCACCUACUUGUUGACACUUUUUCGUAGCCACCGUUUUUUCCCUCUUUGCCUUUCAGAGUUCUUGCCUGCUUGAUCCCGAAUGUCGACUCGCAUGAAAAAAAUAGGAUUUAAAUAAUGAUGGGGGGAAAAUCGGGAAUUCAGCGUACAUUUCUGAAGUUACCGUAUUUAUACUCAAAAGAAGCAGGUCUGUACUGAUAUAAGGAUAAUCAUACAGUGGGGCAAAUAAGUAUUUAGUCAACCACCAAUUGUGCAAGUUCUCCUACUUGAAAAGAUUAAAGAGGCCUGUAAUUGUCAACAUGGGUAAACCUCAACAAUGAGAGAUAGAAUGUAGAAAAAAAAGCCAGAAAAUCACUUUUUUUUUUAAAAGAAUUUAUUUAAACAAAUUAGAGUGGAAAAUAAGUAUUUGGUCACCUACAGACAAGCAAGAUUUCUGGCUGUCAAAGAUGUCUAACUUCUUCUAAUGAGGCUCCACUCGUUACCUGUAUUAAUGGCACCUGUUUUAACUCAUUAUCAGUAUAAAAGACACCUGUCCACAACCUCAGUGAGUCACACUCCAAACUCCACUAUGGCCAAGACCAAAGAGUUGUCGAAGGACACCAGAGACAAAAUUGUAGACCUGCACCAGGCUGGGAAGACUGAAUCUGCAAUAGGUAAAACGGUUGGUGUAAAGAAAUCAACUGUGGGAGCAAGUAUUAGAAAAUUGAAGACAUACAAGAACACUGAUGAUCUCCCUCGAUCUCGGGCUCCGUGCAAGAUCUCACCCCGUGGCGUCAAAAUGAUAACAAGAACUGUGAGCAAAAAUCCCAGAACCACGCAGGGGGACCUAGUGAAUGACCUACAGAGAGCUGGGACCACAGUAACAAAGGCUACUAUCAGUAACACAAUGCGCCGCCAGGGACUCAAAUCCUGCAAUGCCAGAAGUGUCCCACUGCUGAAAAAAGUACAGGCCCGUCUGCGGUUCGCUAGAGAGCAUUUGGAUGAUCCAGAAGAGAACUGGGAGAAUGUGUUAUGGUGAGAUGAAACUAAAAUAGAAUUUUUGGGGAGAAACACAGGUUCUCAUGUUUGGAGGAGAAAGAAUACUGAAUUGCAUCCGAAGAACACCAUACCCACUGUGAAGCAUGGGGGUGGAAACAUCAUGAUUUGGGCCUGUUUUCCUGCAAAGGGACCAGGACGACUGAUGUGUGUAAAUGAAAGAAUCAAUGGGGCCAUGUAUCGAGAGAUUUUGAGUAAAAGUCUCCUUCCAUCAGUAAGGCCAUUGAAGAUGAGACGUGGCUGGGUCUUUCAGCAUGACAAUGAUCCUAAACACACAGCCAGGGCAACAAAGGAGUGGCUUUGUAAGAAGCAUUUCAAGGUCCUGGAGUGGCCUAGCCAGUCUCCAAAUCUCAACCCCAUAGAAAAUCUGUGGAGGGAGUUGAAAGUCCGUGUUGCCCAACGACAGCCCCAAAACAUCACUGCUCUAGAGAGGAUCUGCAUGGAGUAAUGGGCCUAAAUACCAGCAACAGUGUGUGAAAAGCUUGUGAAGAGUUAAGGAAAACGUUUGGCCUCACACAGAAAUACACACGGUCCCAGGCUUCAACUGGGACCGUGUGUUUUGGUCAGAUGAGACCAAGAUUGAGCUUUUUGGCAACAAACACUCUAAGGCUACGUUCAUACUACAGGUCUUAAUGCACGAAUCCAAUUUUUUCGUGUUUUUCCGACUCGAGUGAGGCAUUAACUUGACGGUCUGAACGUGACGAGUCGCAUAGAACUGGACCAUUUCAAAUCCGAUCUGGGUCACUUUCGUAUGUGGUUCAAAUCCGAUCUGGGCCACAUUUUUCCAGACUGUCGCGGCGGUCUGUACUGUCCACUCUCCCAAAUCGGAUUUCAUGCAGCAAUUACGUCAUCAAAUAGCGAGAGAGACGCUUACCGUAGCGGUGCUGCUGUGCGUUAUUAGCGCCUAGCUUGCAGUGAACACGGCUUUUGGGAAGGGCUGGGCUUGACAACAGUCAUUAAAAAAUAAAAAUGGCUUGAGGAUAAGCCUGAGAAUGCUCAGUUUUCUCUCUGCUCCAAGUGAGCAAUAUUUCAACAUUGCCUACACGGCCGAGGUCGGGGCAAACUGCCCGUAUGUGUGUGUGACGUGCACGGACCGUGCGUGCAUGCUAUCGAUCCAUAUAAACUUUGAAUAUAAGCCUAAAUGGGGAUUAUUUAUGUCUGUUAUUUGUGUCCUCCUUUUGAAAAGCAAAAUAUGAUAUCCCUGGAAUGACGGAUGACGUGUGUAAUUUGUUUUGAUGCUUCUGCACAUGCGGGUCGUCUUGCUCAGCGCGUGUCAGACUGCGAAUUAGUGCGCAUGCGUAAUACUUGAAUGGUCUCAAUGGACAAAGGUAGUCUGAACGGGCACGCCAAAAAAACAGAUAUGACAAAAAAUCGGAUUCGUGCAUUAAGACCUGUAGUAUGAACGUAGCCUAAGUGGGUCUGGCGUGCCACGGAAGAUGCGCAUGCUGAAAAGCACCUCAUACCCACUGUGAAGUAUGGGGGUGGGUCAGUGAUGCUGUGGGGCUGUUUCGCUUCCAAAGGCCCUGGGAACCUUGUUAGGGUGCAUGGCAUCAUGAAUGCUUUGAAAUACCAGGACAUUUUAAAUCAAAAUUUGUUGCCCUCUGCCCGAAAGCUGAAGAUGGGUCGUCACUGGGUCUUUCAGCAAGACAAUGACCCUAAACAUAUGGCCAAAUCUACACAGAAAUGGUUCAGCAGACACAAAAUCAAGCUCCUCCCAUGGCCAUCUCAGUCCCCAGACCUUGUUUUGUUGGCAAAAGGGGGUUGUACAAAGUAUUAACACCAGGGGUGCUAAUAAUUGUGACACACAUUAUUUGAUGUCAAAUAAGUUUUUCUUUAUGUCGGAUUUUUUUCCCCACUGAAUGAAUGCACUUGUAUUGAAGGUUGGAUUUUUCUCUUUUUUCCAUGAAGGUCCCAUAUUAUUUGAAUGAAAAAAAAAAUUAUUAGAAGCUAAAAAACACAUCUUUUUCAGGGGUGCCAAUAAUUAUGGAGGGCACUGUACUUAUUUGUGGUUGACUAAAUACUAAUUCGCCCCAAUGUAUGUGGGAAAAUGGGUUUAAAUUGAACGUUUCCUUGUCAACCAUCUCUCUAUUAUUAAUUUUCACCUAAACCUACUCGUAAUAACAUUUCAAUAACAAGAUAUAAUCCCUGAUAAAGAUGCUUUUUGUUGAUGAAAAAAAAUCGGACACCACGGAAAUAUGUUGACAUGGAAACUGGCUUUUAAGAAGAAAUAUCAAACAAUAUAUUAUUUUGCCUUGAUGUUGGCUGUUUCACUUAGGCUCUUGCAGCAGUCAUGAGCAUUUCAUGAAAACUUGUGUCACGGUGAACCCGACUGUCGCGAGACUGUUUUUGACGGACGUUCGGGCUCGUUAGAGGUGAAUGUCAACAUGUUUAGUUGCAAAGAAACACACACGUAAAAGACUGAUAAAAAGGGCUUGCGAUGCGUGAGAAUCCUUUUGUGUUUCUCUAAUUCCAUCUGCCCAAGUGUUAUUUUGUUUAUGUAAAUACAUAUUUUCUAGUAGUAGCUGCCAAAGACACAUUAAACCAUCUCCAAUAUUCAAAGUAAAGUAUCACCGAUACUUAAGAUCUAAUGUGAUCUUUCAUUUUCUCGAGACAAUCACUCUCAUCCUGACUUGUAACAAACUCUGUUAUUUUAGGUGCAUAUUUUAUAUAUCAAAACAAUGAUGACCUUUAAGAAAAUGUAUUGCUGCCACACCAGAACGAAAAGCUCAAUAUCCAUGUUUUAGCAUGAUAAAUACCGCGUAGAAAUGUGGUCAAUUUAACAUUGUAUCAUGAUAAGUGUCACGUGAAAACGCGCUGAAUUAACAUGAUUGCUUAUCAGAAUUAAAACUCAUUCAUUGAAUGGGUUUAGUAGAAUCAACUUGUACGUUAGUAAUUCUCGUAAUUUCCCACUGAAAGUUUACAAUACUGUAAAUUUCCUGGAAAUUGCGAGGCCCAUUGUAGAUUCUGCCAUCUUGUUGAAGAGCAUUUAAGUGUCUAGACUAUCAUGAUAUGUCACAGUUAGAAAUAUAUUUGAUGAUUUCUGGCAGCACACCUGACGAUCUGUCUCCAAACAAUAUGGUUGGGAAUCAUCUGUCCAAUGAAGUCUGGUUUCCACCGAACAGUUCGGUUCAGUUAGGUAGGCCUACACAAUAUUUGGAUUUUUUUGUGUGUGUUUCAAUUGUGAAAAAUCACCAUGAGUAGUUCCUAAAAAAGUUGCGUUUUAAGACAACCAAGCUACAAAAUGUUCGAAUCAGCAACUUUGCUCAGUUGUUAGCAUCAUUUGCAGUCCUAGUUGUAGUCCUUAGUGGUUGUCAGAAAAAUGGCGUUAAAAAAAAUACUAAAAAGUUAAAAAUCGUCAUAGUACAAUUGUUUUUUCAUUAUCAACAUUUGCAGCAUUAGAAAAAAAAAAUACAAUCAUGAAAACAUAUUAGCGAUAUUUAAAGCACUAGUAAAAUAUAAGAUAUUUUGUUAAAAUUUCAUGUUAUCGUCUGUUAGCAUUUACGAAAAAAAGAAAAAUCUGAAUGGCAUACUGUAGAAAUCUGUGAAAUCUAGCAGACGACUAAAACGAUAUUUCCUUAAAAUGCCACGUUGUCUGUCAGCAUUUACUAAUAAAACAUGGUAUUUGACAAAGAUUUCCUAUUAGCGGUUGUCAGAAUUUACAGAAGAAGAAAAAUGUGAAAAGCAUACUGUAGUAGUGACAUCCAGCAGAGUAUUAAAAUGUACGGUCUUUCGCUAAGAUUUCACGAUAUCCUCUUUCAGCAUUAAAGAAAAAAAAAAUCUAAAAGGCAUAGUGACAUCUAAAGCAGUGGUCCCCAACCUUUUUUGCACCACAGACCGGUUUUCACAGACUGGCAAUUUAUGGCAGAAAAUUACAGUGUAUAUAAAAUACCACGACUGGGCUAAAAACACACAUUAAUUGCAGGUAAAAACUUACUCACCAUACGCUGAAUCAACCUUUUUUUAACAGCGGCCUCUCCUAAAACUGGGCGCCAAAUACCCUUGGUAGCAGGCAUAAUGAGUUCUUCUCCAAUUGUUAAAGGUUUCUUGGCUUUAGCAAUAGGGUUCGCCACGAUGUAUGAUACUCUCAAUGCUCUCACUUUUGUUGCUACCCAGAUGGACUUAAUUGUAGGCUCCUUUUCUGGAUCAGCAAGUAGCCUUUUCCCGGUAAAAAAAAAAAAAACUGUCCAAAGACGUCUGUUUUUCAGUCAUCUUCGCUAAUGUGUUAGCUUAAUAUUUCCGGGAACAAAUCUGAUGCACCUACGUCAUUAUUGAGGACAAGCGCACGUAGAUAGCAAAUCUAAGCAAAAGGACAAGAAGUACCCCAUCUGCCAUUGCUAAAGUGUGCCGCCAGCAGCACACACAACAGCAGCUAACGUGACUGUUUACAUCGACUUGACGCUGGGCUGCUCUAGAUGUGUAAACACCUCAGUAAUGGUGGCCAACCACUAGAGGGAGGCGUACACAAAUCUCUACUCGGAUAAGUCAAUACAGGCAUACAGUGAGGAGCAGAAAUACAGUGGGGUAAAUAAGUAUUUAGUCAACCACUAAUUGUGCAAGUUCUCCCACUUGAAAAUAUUAGAGAGGCCUGUAAUUGUCAACAUGGGUAAACCUCAACCAUGAGAAACAGAAUGUGGGAAAAAAAAAACAGAAAAUCACAUUGUUUGAUUUUUAAAGAAUUUAUUUGC